AGGGGAGGGGCGGGGCUGGUUGGCUGACGCGGGAGAGGGAGACCCUUAACGUAACGUGUGAAUGGUGCCAAUUAGCGGGCAGAGGGUUUGGCUUCGUUUUUAGAAGUCAAAAGAAGAUGGGGAGACUCCUUCAUAUUAUUAAGAGAAAAAAUACCAAACGUGUACCAAGCUUCCGCAAGUUGCUGAAGACGAGCAAAAUAAAACUUGACAACAAAUUAAAAAACAAACAGUUCAAGCAACAGAGUACUGCUAAGAAAUACCGAAAAGAACAGAGGAAGCUCCGACAAGCUGUCAAAGAUGUUGUAUCCAAGACACCAUUGCCUUUGGACGAUAAGAAAAAGCAUCCAGCAGAAAGGCAGGAAGAGGAAGAAGAGGAAGCCCUCCCUCUUGAUAUGAUGGAUGAAGAUGAUCUGAAAUUAAUGGAGGAGUUGGCUCAAAAGGCAUCUUUUAUAACCAGAGACUUAUCUUCCAAUGAACCUGUUCAUGCCAGGAAACGUAAGAAUGAGAGCGUGAUUGAGAAAUAUGAGAAGAUGCCUAGACGCAUGCAAACUGAGCCUGAAAAAGAAGUUAUUCAUCUGCUUCCUAUUAAAGACAAACAUGGAAUUAUUCCACAGACCAUGGAAAAACCAGUUGUCAGGGUGGAAGAGGAGCAAGAAGAAGAGGAUGUUGCAGAAGAAAUGGAAAAGACACAAAUUCAUGCAGAACCUUUGCCAGUUUUGUCUCCUGAAGAGCUGUUAGUUUACAGGAGACAGAAGCUACAAGAGAAGAAAAUACACAUAGCUGCUUUAGCAUCUGCUAUCCUGUCUGACCCAGAAAGUAAUAUGAAGAAGCUGAAAGAAUUGCGUGCAAUGUUAAUGGAACAGGACCCUAAUGUGGCUGUGACUGUGCGAAAGCUAGUGAUGAUUUCUCUGAUGGAGCUAUUCAAAGAUAUUACUCCAUCUUACAAAAUCAGACCUUUAACAGAGAGAGAGAAAAACACCAAGGUUAGGAAAGAAACACAGAAGUUAAGAGAAUUUGAAGAAGGCCUUGUGAGCCAGUACAAGUUUUAUUUAGAAAACUUGGAACAGACUGUGAAAGACUGGAAGCAAAGGAAAUUGAAGAAAAGUAAUGUGGUAUCACUAAAAGCGUACAAAGGCCUUGCAGAGGUUGCAGUGAAAUGCCUGUGUGAGCUGCUGGUGGCCUUGCCUCACUUCAACUUCCACAACAACAUUAUUGUUCUGAUUGUUCCACUCAUGAAUGAUGCUUCAAAGCAGGUUUCUGAAAUGUGCUGUGAUGCAGUAAAGAUCCUCUUCAAGCAGGAUAAACUAGGCUUUGCCUCACUUGGUGUGGUGAAGGUGAUUUCUGGGCUUGUGAAAAGCCGAAACUAUGAUGUUCGACCAGAGGUGUUAAUGACACUACUUCAUCUAAGAAUUAAGGAAGUAGAAGUAAAGAAAGAUGCAGAAGAUAUUGCACCAAAGAAAAAAUUUAUGUCCUAUAAAGAAAAAAGGAAAAAUCUCUCAAGGAUGCAAAGAAAGUGGAAGAAAGCAGAAGAGAAACUGGAGCGAGAACUCUUAGAAGCAGAAGCCUCAGAAAGUACAGAGAAAAAACUGAAACUGCACACAGAAACCUUGAAUAUUGUAUUUUUAACUUACUUCCGAAUACUGAAGAAAGCACAAAAGUCUCCCCUCUUGCCUGCUGUGUUAGAAGGUCUUGCAAAGUUUGCUCAUCUCAUAAACCUGGAAUUUUUUGAUGAUCUCUUGCUUGUUUUGCAUUCACUCAUUGUGUCAGGAGCAUUAAGCCACAGAGAAAGCUUGCACUGCAUUCUUUCCGCUUUCCACAUUUUAUCUGGUCAAGGUGAUGUCCUUAACAUCGACCCCUUGAAGUUUUACACACACCUUUACAAGACAUUGUUUAUGCUACAUGCGGGUGCUACAAAUGAAGAUGUAGCAAUUAUGUUGCAGUGCCUGGAUGUGAUGUUCACUAAGCGUCGGAAACAGGUGUCCCAGCAGAGGGCUCUUGCUUUCAUAAAGCGCCUUUCUACACUAGCUCUCCAGGUCCUUCCAAACUCCAGUAUUGGUAUCUUGGCAACCAACAGAACAUUAAUGCAUACAUUUCCGAAGUCCGACCUUCUCUUAGACAAUGAAUCUCAAGGAAGUGGACUUUACCUUCCUGAGCUGGAUGAGCCAGAAUACUGUAAUGCUCAGAAUACUGCACUGUGGGAACUGCAUGCUUUGCAGAGGCAUUAUCAUCCAGUUGUUCAGAAAUUUGCAGCUCAUCUUGCAGCUGGUGCUCCAGGUGAAGGAUCACAAGCUCUUGGGCAUGAAUUUAGCAGGAGGUCACCUAUGGAACAUUUUGAGUCUUACAGUAUGAAAGGAAUGGCUUUCAAUCCUCGUGUCCCAUCAGUGGCUCCAAAGAAAAAGUUUCAGGGCAAAUCUUUACCAGAGGAGUCAUUUCUCAGUGAAGACUUGAACAAACUGUUGAAGGUUCAUCUUGCAAAGUCUGCUGCCCAAGGUGCUGUGAAUUUUGCUGAACACUUACAGGCAUUGCCAGUGUCAUAGGUAUACUACAAGCCAAUGCAAACUCAAAAAGAAGGAACUAUACGAAAGAAACAAUUGACUUUUUCAACAAAAAAUUCAAAUACUUUCCCUUCUGUGGAUGCUGGAUUUUCCAGAAUGAAAAAGCCCAUAAAGGAACAGGACCAUGUGUUUUGGAGCUACAUUGGAGUUACAUUUUAGAUUGUUGAAGAAUUCAGGAAUGAUGAAUAUCGUUUUAGUAUUGAUGCUUGUAAAGCUGUUCAAAUUUGCUUUGACUUGUGUAUAAUGUUGUACAAUUCUCCAGUACAAAGUUAUACUUUUCUAAGAGGGAAUAUUUUAAAAAUGGUUGCAUCCUGGAAAUCUCUUACCACUGUAAAUAAUUACAUAUAGCUUUUAAAAAGAUGUAUGUUUUUGGGCUAAAGUUUUUUGUUUGUUUGUUUGUUUAUUUGUUUGUUUUUGUUAUUUUAUACUAGAAUAUUGCUAAAUACUGUGUGGUUCCAAGUUUGAACAGUUGAUUAAAUACAAGACUUGCAAGGUUA